CGGGAAUGGAGGGAACUGCCUGAUGAAACCUUGUCGACCGGUAGUAAAAAGCAGCGUCGACUAUUGUUAAAAUCAACCGUCAUCUUCCGUCUGCGAGGGCAAGAGUGAGACAAGAGGACGAAAAUCCGUUUUCCCUGUUUAGAGAAAAUAAUUAUAUAUAAGCAACGUUGAACAACUCUUUCAUAUUUAAGCUAUAUAGUUAUUUAUCUGUGUGAAGAUGAACGGGGUAACGCGGAGUCUGUGUACAUUUGAGGACAUCAGAGCUGAUGAGAGAACAGCGGAUGGGUGCAGGAGACUGAGGCUGACUCUCCACCAGCAGAACCAGGCCGGGAGGAUCACAGAACAACCCAGGAGCAAGCCAAUCGGACGAGCGUUUGCUCUGGUGCAGCCAACCAGUGAUAGGCCUGCUCUGAAGCCUGAACCAAUCAAAUCCUCUGAGGAGAAGGCUGAAACGGUUGAGGUCAUCAAGGUGUAUCUGGAGGAUCGUAGACAGGAGCAGCAGAGACACCAGCAGAGCCUCAAGAUGUUGUCAGAUGAAGUCUCCCAGAUACAGGAGGUGAGAUACUGUCUGAAGACCCUGAGGGAACAGAUGGCAACCAAGAACAAAGGACAACACAAGUUUCUUGCUAGUGGCUACAGAGUCAGCACUCCCUCCAAUCAGAACAUCUCUUCUUCCUCAAAGGGAGGAGCUAAAGAUGAUGGGCAGGGAGGGGAGGAUGAGGUGGAGAGGGCGAAGAUGAGGGAGGUCAGUAAACGUCUGUAUGCUCAGCUACAGGAGGCCGAGAAGAAACACCAGGAGGAGAGAGAGAGACUGCAGGCUGAGGGUGUGGAUCUGCGCCAGCGUCUGGGGGAGCAGGAGGACAAGCUGAAGGGGGUGGAGGAGAGUAGUGAGAGGAAGGACCAGAGGAUUGAGGAGCUCCAGAGGCUGCUGGGAGGCAUGACGCAGGAGAGCCAAGCCCUACGAGACACACUGAGGAACAGAGAGGAGGAACUCCGAGAAUUACGCAAGAUCAGAGAGGAGGGCAGGAACGAGGAGCAGAGGUCAGAGCAGUUGGAGAAGGAGCUGGCCAUUCUGAAGGAGAAGAUCCAUCAUCUAGAUGACAUGCUGAAGAGCCAGCAGAGGAAAGUCAGACACAUGAUCGAACAGCUGCAGAACUCUCGUAUGGUGAUCCAGGAGAGGGACCGUGUUAUCAGAGAUCUGGAGGAGAAGGUGGCUUUCCUGGAGGCAGAGAACCGGGAGAUGCAUGAUCAGAUGGACUACUUCCUGGGAGGUGAAAGGUCAAACUCGCACCUCUCAUCAGACCGCCACGCCCAGAUUGUCUACAGUAAGCCUUUGAAGCCCACCAACUCGUCCAACAAGCCUCUUCCCUUCAUCAAAAUCAUUGAGACCAAGUCCUGAACUGGUGAAAGCGAGGGAGAAGGGGCUAACCUAACGACACCAAACCUGCUAAGCUAAGCAACAACGGACUGAAAUAGACCACCACCACAUUACUACCACACCAACAUCACAGUACACGUAUGAAGUUUAAACUGAGGUGACCACAACAUCACAUCAACUGACCACCAGCCACGACCAUCACCCACCCAUGGCUACACUCCUUCGAUAGGACACUAUGCAAUGUGUGUGUGUGUGUGUGUGUGUCAGAGGAGGCUGGUGGGAUAAACUAUAGGAGGAGGGGCUCAUUGUAAUGUCUGGAAUGGUAUACAUGGAACAGUCAAAAUGGUUUACAUGUUUGCUGUGUUUCAUACCGUUCCAUUUAUUCCUCCUAUAGCUCCUCCCACCAGCCUCCUCGUGUGUGUGUGUGUGUGUACGGUUUUGGAUUGUGUAUGGACAUAGAUAUACUGAUAGAGUUGAUUCACAAUAGAAGUCUAUUUAUUCAUAGCAGACAGAUUAUUCUUUCUAACCCAGUGUCAUAAUCUAUUGUCAUCUGUUGAAGUCCGUCUGAAGGACUUUACUACUGAGAGAGAGGACCAGAGACAGUGUGAUAGCAGUACCCUGUGGUCAGUGAGGGUCUGAUAACAGACCGAGUACUUUGGCCUCAGAGAGGAGGCAACCAUGCCAGGUUGGGCCAUAACAGAGAAAUAAAAUGGCCGAUGAUUGAGAGGGGGAUCGAAGAGAGAGAGAGAGAGAGAGAGAUGGAGGGUAAGAAAUCUGUAUUAAACUACUCAGAACACAACCAGUUUGUCAUCUUUUUACCAUGGCACCAAGGCAGGAUAGAGGGAGUGUUGCUACAGUAUAUAGGUAUUGGAGAAGCAGAAACACAUUAAGGAUAUAGUUUUCCAUCAAACCCUUCUGUAACCCAUUAACCUACCUCCUGUGUCUGUGACCUAGAGUCCACUGUUAGAAUCCUCUUUAUUUGACACCUGAAAGGGAGGAAGACAAUCUUUGACUUUUUGUAAAUAUACUUACAUGGUCACGCAGCGGCCACAGUGGUGUCAUGGUUUGAAUACAAAGUUAAAGGCCAUGUUUGUGUUUGUGUUAUUUUGUUCAUUGAGAAAGUGGGAUGUUUGGUCUAGUAUGUGUGGAUUAGAAGUCCCCCUCACCAAUACUGAUGUCACUUUAAAGUCUAAAGAAAAUGAAGAUGAUUCUUUCUGACAAGUACUAACCUUGCAAGAAGUCUUGUUGACAUUAUCCACAUUUUUGCAUGCAUUUCAGUUACCUGAAGUUUCAUCCACUAUCACCAGCUGUGUACAUAACUAUAUUUAUUUGUUUAUGUGGUAUUCUUUGAUAUCCCUGUAGUCUUACUCUGGGAUUUUUUUGUUUUGUUUUAUCAUUCAGACAGGAAUGUUUGGCCUGACACUUAGUGUGUGACAAUCAUCUUUAUGUAUUUAUGUGAAAAUACAACUUUUCAUUGUAGGGAAAACAAUUUCAGUAGACAUUUUAGUGUGUGUUAACAACAUAUAUACUUUGUGUUUUUGUUAUUUUAAUAAAUGUAUGAAAAUAA